UGUGAGCGAAUGACUUUGAGCGAAAGCAAGUCUUAAUAUGUUUUCUGCUAGUGAACAUCAAUAAAUGAUGUUUUGUGAAAUUUUGUGGCGACCGAAGUUUACGAUGUAGAAUUGAAUCUGAUUUACCAUUUGGUCACUCCUCCCUGUAGUAAUAGGUGGAAGUCCUAAAUUUACAAGAAAUGAAUGAAGAAGCCGCUCAUGAGUUGGAGUUAAAAAGAAUAUCUCCUACAUGGUUGACAUUUAUUAGGAUUUUCUUCAGACAAAGAGUUCUAAUGCUUGCCUUGAAGAUAAGCAGUGCAGUAGGCUUAAUGAUGCGUUAUAAGUGUUUGGGAUUCCUGCUAGUGAUGUACUUUGUGGCCUUUGGUUGACUCGUUUCUUGUCAACCACCUUUUGUGUGUAUGUACACAGUUGUCUUUGGAUGAGUUGUUAUUCCUUACUUGCACAGAUAUUAUGGUUGUACAUUGGUGUCUUUCAGUGACAUAAAUUUUAAAUGCUCAAUGAAUAAACUUUGUUUUGGCAUGUAUAUUGUAAAAUGGAAAUAUUAGCUGUAGGUUUUAAGUCUCUGAUAAAAUCAAUGUACCCAUGCAACAGCCUAGUUCCACAUAAUAGACUGGGAAAUGUGUCAUGGCAAUGCUAUUACAGAAAGUAUAAUACUAGUCAGCAUUAUAUCAGACAGUAUUACCCAGUUCUGAGGAAUGGUGGUGUUUUAUGUCCACAAGUGAGGCCUCAAAGACAAACAUUUGUACAUUUCUCUGUGAACAAUGCAGGCAACCGAUAUUUACAUACAUCAUCUCCAAAGUGUGCAUUGCCUCCAGCGCUGUUGUUAUUUUUGAGGCCCCUGUCUAAAUUUGCGGCUAUUUUGUUUGGCCGCUCAUUACGUAUGUGGUGGAAGAAAUUACCUGCUGAUAAAAGACUGUUCAUGUUAGAAGCAUUUCGAAGCCAUAGAUACCUCCUUCUUGGUCUUGGGGCAUCCAUUGGAGGUGGAAUUUGUUAUUUUUAUAUAACACACCUAGAAGUUGAUCCACUGACAAAACGAGAGAGGUUUAUUGCCUUCUCUGAUGACCAAAUGAAAGCAAUGGCAAAGAUAGAACAAGAGACGAUGCUAAGUAAGUUUCAAGGAUGUGUCUUACCAGCCUCCCAUCCAGUUUACAGAGAGGUGGCUAAAGUGGCAAUGCAUAUUCUGGAAAGCAAUAUGGAUAUUGACAAAGUUAAACACACAAACUGGUCUCUCAUUGUCAUCAACAGCAUUGAUGAUAAAAAUGCAUUUGUUCUUCCGAAUGGCACAAUAUUUAUAUUUACGGGAAUGCUGACAGUGUGCAGUAGCAUAGACCAGCUGGGGAUUAUUAUAUCUCACGAAGUAGCACAUGUACUUCUGUCACAUAUGGCAGAGCAGAUGAGCAGAUUGCAUUUACAUGAAUUAUUGAUGAUUGUGCCAAUUAUUAUAUUAUGGGCAUUGUUUCCUGAUGGUGUUGCCAUGUUUUCUCAAUGGUUGUCCAAUUUGUUCGUAAAUACUCUUGUUCACUUACCGUUUAGUCGCAGUGUUGAGUCUGAAGCUGAUGAAAUAGGUUUGCAGUUGGCUGCCAAGGCAUGUCUGGAUGUAAGGGAGGCCAGUACAUUUUGGGAGAAGAUGAAAUCACUCAGUGAUAGUGAAUCUGAGGAAGUAAUUGAAUUCUUGUCUACCCAUCCUGCAUAUGACACGAGAAAGAAGUUUUUGGAUUCGAAAGUUCCAGAAGCCAUGAAACUCCGAGAAAAAUGCAAUUGUCCAGCUCUUUCACCUCUUGACCCAAGAACUAUUAUUAAGACUGAAAUUUCACGGAAAAUACUCUAAUAGCAUUGCAAGAGCAACAGCGCAGACUCCUUGGUGACAGGAGUUUUGUCAUAUAUGGACAUGUAACACUUGAGAUCAGGUCCAUAUGAGGUAGCACAGUGGUAAGACACUGGAACUGUGUGGGAGGACAGUGGUUCAAAUCCCCAUCCAGUCAUGUAGACUUAAAUAUUCCAUGGUUUCCCCAAAUAAGAUAAGUCAAGGUAGUUCCUUUGUAAAGGUUACACUCCUGAUUUCCUUCACUCCAUCUUUCUACAAUUGGAGCUUGUGCUCCACCUCUAAAGGUGACCUUGUCGACUGAAUGUUAAAACCUAUCUUAUUCUUUUAUACUUGAUAUCAGGAUGUGUGUUUUCUCAGAAAAUAAAUAAAAUUGAUCUUGUCUUUUGUCGGUUGUUAGUGCAUCUUGCAAAGGAGUGUUUAACAUAUGCUUUGUAAUAGUAGUCUAUAACACAUUGAUGUCUAUACUAAACAGAAUUUCCUGUAUCCCGACAGUUUAAAUUUAUAUUGCAUUUUUGUGUGCAUUUGUAAUUUGAAAUUAUAAAACAACAAAAUAAUGAUGCUUCCAUUAUUUUAUAGUGACAGCCACUAGUUUUUAGUGACUUGUUGGCUGUCAAUUUUCCCUUAGUGUACUUGCAUGAAUAUGUAACAUAUGUGGUUGCAACUCCUGCUAUGGAUUUUCUUGUGUGGAAAUUUAAUAGCAUAAUGUUGUCAAAGCAUUCUGUAUUUUUCCUGAUUGCAUGUCUGCAAGCAGUCCAUUUCUCUUUUUCAGUCUAUUCUUGACUGAAAGACAGAAUUUACAUUUUUAAAUUUAACACUUUGGGUACAGGGUGUUUAAAAUGUGUACCAUGUUCAUACUGGAGAUAAUAUUUGUCAAAAUCUAACAAAAGUUCUGCAAGCAUAUGUGUGAAAACAAAGACUUGUUAAUGUAUGGGCCAUUCUGUCAGGACAGCCAUUGGUUUCUCAUCACUCCAGUAGGUGUGUGUUAUCAUCCUUUCUUUCAUAUCCUUUAGCACUUGUUAAAGAAUCGUGAUCUCAUGCAAACACACCUGAAAGCAUUCAGAUUUGGUAGGCAUCAAUGGCCUCAAUGUCAUGCACCCAGACAAUCUUAAAGUCAUCACUAUAAUCAUAUUUAAUUACAUGUACAAGAAACAGGCUUGUGUAAAUUGUGCAUGUUGUUGAAAUGUGUGUCAUACACAAUGCUUUUAAAUGUCCCCUUUGGCAUAACAUUCAAGUGAACAGGGACACCACACUGCUAGACCAUUUUGAUGAAUCCAUCACUCUUAAAGUUUUUGGUUAAAGAUAGAAAAUGAGAUGGUGGUCCAUUGUGCAUGAACCACAUCUGUUGUUUUUCUGCAAUAGUAACAUUGUCCAGUAACAUGGAUAAUUAGUCACGCAGAAGUUGUUGAUGAACAGUGUUUGUUAGUGUGACGGUAAAGGGUACAGCCUUGUGACUAUGUUACUAUCAUUUCUGCCCAUUCAUAGAUACGAAAGUGGACCUGUUGUCUUAUUUCAGUGAUCACUCUCUGUUUUGAAAGUGCUCACAAUGUGAGUGUUGUGAGAGUCUCUUUCAUGGGAACUUCAGCAGCUUCAUACAGACACUUUACUGCAGCCCUGAAACUGUAUUGUAUUUGGGAAUUUGAUGAUCAUGUAGGAAUGCAUAAAUAACUAUACUUCUUCCAAUCAUUCAUGAACUGAACACUGAGUAUUGGCUCUUAAGAUUUUUUUUUU